AUGGAAGUUGCUGCCGAGAAGGACGACACAAGGUCGACAUCAUCGAAGGCAACAUCAAGGGCCAGUACAACCGCCAGCACAAGGCUGCGGGAAGCGAGAAUAAAGGAGGAGCUUGCAAGGAAAAGACAAGAACAAUUGCUCAAAGAACAAGAACUUAGGAAAAAAGAAUUCGAACUGAAAGAGGAAAUGGAUAAAAUGAAAGCGGAAAACGAACUGGAAAACGCCAGGGCUGAAGCGGCGUUGUGGCAAGAGGCUGAAAAUGAACAAUAUGUAUUAGGAGGUAACAGUAAUUUGCCUCUUUCAGGAAUGCCUGAGCCUGACAUUACUGACAUAGAUCACAGAACGCAGGCAUGGUGCAACCAACAGGCACAAACUCCUGAAGGGGGCAAGGAUAAUGUAAUGAAUGUACAUGCAAAUGAUUUUAUCCCCAAUACAGACAAGGUCGUGGCAGGUGCUCACAAGGAGCAGGCAGGCCAUGAUGGGGACAAGAAAGGUCCAGCAAAUAAGGUGAGUGAUCUAGGAAUUGCAAAUAUGCUUGCUAUGGCUAUGAGUUUGCCCAAACCAGAUAUUCAACCCUUUUCUGGCAAUCCAGUCGAUUACUGGAAAUUCAUGAAUACGUUUGAGGUGAACAUAGGGGAUAAACCAAAGGAGGAUAAGAAUCCUGAACAAGGAGAGCUGCAACUUGGGUCCGGGAAAUCGAAUGAAGGUAGCUCCCAUGCCGUCGGUGGCAGAAGGGCAGUCUCCUUAAGAGUAGUGCCCUUCAGAGUUGUUAAUGGAGAUAAGGAUGUUACGACAUGGGCACUCCUUGACAACGGGAGUGACGUAUCGCUUUGUGAGCAUGGUCUCAUACAUGAGCUUGGGGUGGUCGGUAGGAACACCUCCUUCAAGCUGACAACUGUGAACACUGCUUCAUCUCAAAAGGGGAUGGAGGUGUCCUUGUCCAUCCAGAGCCUCAAUGGCGAUGUAGAGUUGGAAAUGCCUUCGCUAUGGACCAUCGAUAGGUUACCAACUUCACGUCAGAGUAUCCCAGUUCAAGAAGACGUGGACAAAUGGCCACAUCUUCGGGGAAUAGAACUCCCAAAUGUAGCUGAGAGUGACAUAAGGUUACUUAUUGGCUCUGAUGUCCCUGAAGCAUUCUGGGUAGAGGAAGAGCGAAGAGGUAGGAGGAAGGAGCCCUAUGCAAUUCGGUCUCCACUUGGAUGGACAGUCAUGGGACCAACAAGUUCCAGGUUCACAUCCAGAAAAGGCUCUGUCAAUAAUGUGACCAUUGACAGCCACCUACAGUUUCAGCUGGAAAGGUUCUGGCAGAUGGAUAAGAUGCCAGGAGAUGAAGCAGAUCAACCUGCUGAGUCCACUGAGGAUCGAAGGGCAAAACAGAUGAUGGAAGACUCUGUUACAUUGACUGAUGGGCACUAUCAGUUGGGGCUGCCAUGGCGACGCCAACCUCCCAUUCUCCAACAACGCCAAAAAUGGACAAAAGAAGAAAUUAACUUCAAGACUGAUGAUCUGGUCCUCAUGGUUGAUGACAGUCUCCCACGAGGUCAGUGGCCACUUGGUCGGAUAUGUGACACCUACCCUGACAAACAUGGACGCGUGCGACAAGUAGAGGUGCGCAUCGGGCCUAAUCAAUACAAGAGGCCAAUCUCAAAAUUAUGCUUGCUAGAAGCUGCGAAAUAAAUUACCAUCAUCUGAGCUGCAAACUUAAAUGUCUCAUUCAACCAUCAUUCAAUAUAUCCUUUGUGUUUUUCCUAUUCAAGAACUUGAUAUUUCAGCAAUAAUUUAUGUUGAUGUGGCGGCUCAUUGGCAAUAGUAAGCAAUACUUCACAAGUCCUAAAUCAAUCACUUUACGUGCACGCAGAAUUGUUGAAAAGGGGAGUUUAGUCAAUGAAGAUUUAUUCAAUAGGAAUCUUAUUUCCUUCUUCAGAGUCAAGUUUAUAUGAUAAUUCAAUAAGGAAUUUUUUUGUAGUUUAUUAAGCUUGAUCUUCAUUAAAAUAACUGCCGCAUUUAUAAGAAUAUUCGAAAUGAGUCUUUGGUAUAGAGCCUCAUUUGGGGCCGGGUAUGUUGCGGCAGAUUCCAUUAAGUUAUCAAAUUUAUGAUGAAAUGUAGAUUGUUGGUUUAUACUUCAUGUAGCCAGUUAUAAAUUCUGUCGUAGUCAAUGUUUUUAUCUAUAAUUGAAUGUUUCAUUAUAUAUUUUUGCUUUAUAUAGUUAUGCACCCCUCACCCUAUCUAUCUCUCUCUCUAUCUCUCUCUGUAUACUUCCUGUCCACUUAUACUUUACUGUAAUGUAAUAUAAUGUUUAUGGUUAGUAUGUGCAGUGGUAUACCUGCUUGACCAACCCAAGCGCACUAAGUCCAUGAAAAUCACUUUGGUCAAUAGAGAGUCCUUUGUUUCUUGUCUUUGACCAUCCACCUUGGGGGAUAAGCUUGGGCGUGGAGUGGGGUAUGUAAAAGAAAGCCUCAAUUGAAUAGAAGUCAAGAUCAAAAACACACAUGCUGUACUGGUGUGCCUGCUUUUAAGAUCUCAACAUUUUUAGGAAGAUUUUCAAGUCUAUGUCCUGAGGAAAGUUGUCAAAAUCCCAGAUAGCCAAAAGUUGUAAACCACACACACACACGCACGUACACACCCAUACGUGAACACACACAUGUUCUCACACGAUUGACCACACCCAUACACCCGCUUAUGAUACGUCGCACACAAGGUGCAUGUAUAUAUUGAGAAUAAACAUUCAUUCAACUGUA